UUCGCUUCGCCUCACUGUAGCGGCAGUACAGAUGAGCGGUGUCCGAGCGCCCGGUGGGCGGCCAGCGGCCAUCCCGGUGCCUACCUGCUUGCUUCUGCUGGGGCUGCUCCUGCCCGCCGCUGCCGCCAGCGGGGGGUGCGCGCUGGAGGCUGCGGACGGCGGCGGUGGCCGGCGAGGAGGACGAGUAGGUGCCACCUCCUCUGGGGUGGAGACGGCGGCGGUUGUGACAGAUCCCUGCAGUUCACUCAGCCCACCGUGCUUUACUGAGGAGGACCGAUUCAGUCUAGAAGCUCUCCGCAUGAUCCAUAAGCAAAUGGAUGAUGACAAAGAUGGUGGUAUUGAAGUAGAUGAAAGUGAUGAGUUUCUAAGAGAAGAUAUGCAAUACAAGGAUGCCUCUAAUAAACAUAGUCACCUGCACAGAGAAGACAAGCAUAUCACCAUUGAGGAUCUGUGGAAACGUUGGAAGACAUCUGAAGUUCAUAACUGGACUCAAGAGGACACUCUUCAGUGGCUGUCAGAAUUUGUUGAACUGCCCCAGUAUGAAAAGAAUUUUAGAGACAGCAAUGUCAAUGGAACAACACUUCCCAGGAUAGCAGUAAAUGAACAUGCUUUCAUGAUCUCUCACUUGAAAAUAAUUGACCGGAGCCAUAGACAGAAGCUUCAGCUUAAAGCAUUGGAUGUUGUUUUAUUUGGACCUCUCACCCGUCCCCCUCACAACUGGAUGAAGGAUUUUAUAUUAACAGUUUCUAUAGUUAUUGGUUUUGGAGGCUGCUGGUUUGCAUUUACACAGAGCAGGACUUCAAGAGAACAUAUCACAAAAAUGAUGAAGGAUUUAGAAAGCCUUCAAACAGCAGAACAAAGUCUUCUUGACUUGCAGGAAAGGCUUGAGAAAGCACAAGAGGAGAAUAGAAAUGUUGCUGUGGAAAAGCAAAAUCUGGAGCGCAAAAUGAUGGAUGAGAUCAAUGAUGCAAAACGGGAAGCUCAUCGCCUAAGGGAGUUGAGGGAGGGAGCUGAAUGUGAGCUCAGCAGGCUCAAAUAUGCAGAGGAAGAGCUAGUACAGGUUCGCAUGGCUUUAAAAAAGGCUGAGAAGGAGUUUGAGCUGAGAAGUAAUUGGUCUGUUCCAGAAGCAUUGCAGAAGUGGCUUCAGUUAACACAUGAAGUUGAAGUACAAUAUUACAAUAUCAAAAGACAGCAUGCAGAAAUGCAAUUAGCAAUUGCCAAAGAUGAGGCAGAAAAGAUAAAAAAGAAGAGAAGCACUGUAUUUGGAACAUUACAUGUUGCACAUAGCUCCUCCCUGGAUGAGGUGGACCAUAAAAUUCUUGAAGCAAAGAAAGCACUCUCUGAAUUAACAACAUGUUUACGAGAGCGUCUUUAUCGAUGGCAACAGAUUGAGAAGAUUUGUGGUUUUCAAAUAGCACACAAUUCCGGGCUACCAAGCUUGACCUCUUCUCUCUACUCUGAUCACAGCUGGGUAGUUAUGCCUCGAGUUUCCAUUCCUCCUUACCCAAUCGCAGGGGGAGUUGAUGACUUAGAUGAAGAUACUCCUCCGAUAGUUUCACACUUUUAUGGGUCCAUUGUAAAACCUCCGGGCACACUGGCAAGAAGCAGUAGCUUGUGUCGAUCAAGACGCAAUGUUGUGUCAUCAUCUCCACAGUCUCAGCAUACUUUGCACUCCCCUGACCCUGACAUCCUUUCUGUGUCAAGCUGCCCAGCAAUUUAUCGAACUGAAGAUGAGGAGGAAGCCAUUUACUUCUCUGCUGAUAAACAAUGGGAAGUACAGGAAACAGGUUCGGAAUGUGACUCGUUAAAUUCGUCCACUGGAAGGAAGCAGUCUCCUCCAUCAACUCUUGAGAUGUACCAGGUGCUUUCUUCUCAGAAAGUAUCCCCAGAAGAAUGCUCCCUGGAGGAAUCAUCUACAGGAGACUCCUCUUCUCUAACUGCAGAUAUUUCUAGGGGCUCUCCUGACUGUGUAGGCAUGGCAGAAACUAAGAGCAUGAUCUUUAGUCCUGCAAGCAAAGUUUAUAAUGGAAUUCUGGAGAAGUCCUGCAGCAUGAACCAGCUUUCAAUUGGGAUCCCUAUCCCAAAGCCUCGUCACACCUCUUGUUCUUCAGCCAGCAGUGAUACUAAACCCAGCCAUGAAGCUGCUUCUGUCCCCAGGAUAAGUAGCAUCCCACAGGACCUCUACCAAAAUGGUGAAAAAACCAAAAAGCCAUCAAAAAUAAAAAGCCUCUUUAAGAAGAAGUGUAAGUGAGGUGGGCAGAAGCCCGUAGUAGUGUUAUAAGAACUAUUUUUUAAAUCUUUAGGAAUGUGAUUCCAUUUGAGCAUUCCAAACUGGAUGCCCUAAUGGAAUGCUCUGUAGGUCAACUAUAUUUAACUUCACUGUACUGUCAAAGGUCAUGCCAGCUGUCAAUGAGAAAUCAUUAAAAAGUUCAGACAGUUUACAUUCA